CAAAGAGAAAAAAAGAAAGAAAGAGAGGGAGCCCUAAAUAGAAGUAGUAGUAGUAGUAUUUUUUAAUGCAUUAAACACAAGUAAUCAUGAAUCAAGAAUUCAAUAUCAACCCUUUCAAUUUAUUACAGUCUUGUUUGACUCUCUUCUUACUCUUCCAUUAAUCCAUUUUAAAUUUUUCUUCAAACCUCAUUCCUCUCCCUCCUCCUCCCAUUUUAACCCCACCCCUCGAGAUCUCUCCAUUCUCUCUCCAAUCAAUUCACUCAUAUUAUUCAAUCAUCAAUAUCUCAAAAUUUAUUUCCUCUGUGAAAAGCAAAGCAAGAAAAGGUGAUAAAUACCAUCAACACCACCAUCACCAACCAGUCCCUCCCUCCAAGAAACCAGAGGAUUCCCCAUUAAUAAAAGUGUACAACUCUUCAACACCACAAUCUUCUGGCCGGCACCCUUUUCUCUCUUCUUGAAUACCACAUUCGUCAAAUUUUAAAGCAAAAGAGACAAAUCUUGUUACCAUUCUCCAUUCAACCCUAGCAUUUCAAGAAAAUCAGCACAUUGGCCUCAGAACGAGGGAAUUUCCAAGUGGGCGCUUCUAAAAUCUCCAAGAUUUUUAGUGGAUUGCGUCACAGAUGAAGCACAUUGACACCACCCCAUCAACACCAGGAAAGUUCAAGAUCGAGAAAUCUCCAUACAAUAGGCUGAGGCUGCAUUCUUCCCUAGCCAAGCUCACUUUUUGGUCUCUAGUGUUCCUUGGCCUGAUCUUUGUAUUCUUCUAUAGAUCACCGUCUUCAUCGUCCUCUGCGCCCUCAGAUCUCUCCAGAAGAUCCCUCAGAACCAGCUACUAUGGAGGCCCUAACUUUGAAAGGAGGGUUAGAGCCUCAGCUAAAAUCAGGUCAAGAAAUGGGAUUUCUGUUUUAGUGACAGGGGCCGCUGGUUUUGUGGGCACCCAUGUUUCCGCUGCCCUUAAGCGACGGGGUGAUGGCGUUUUGGGCCUUGACAAUUUCAAUGAUUAUUAUGAUCCGUCCCUUAAAAGGGCACGGCAAGCACUUUUAGAGCGUAGCGGGGUUUACAUUGUGGAGGGUGAUAUUAAUGAUGUUUCUUUGUUGAAGAAGCUUUUCGAUAUUGUGCCUUUUACUCAUGUUAUGCAUCUGGCGGCACAGGCCGGUGUGCGAUACGCCAUGGAGAAUCCUAGCUCCUAUGUGCAUAGCAACAUUGCCGGCCUCGUCAGCAUUCUUGAAGUUUGCAAGAGUGUCAAUCCCCAGCCGGCAAUCGUGUGGGCUUCUAGUAGUUCUGUAUAUGGAUUGAAUACAAAAGUUCCGUUUUCUGAGAGGGACCGGACUGAUCAGCCUGCUAGUUUAUAUGCUGCAACCAAGAAGGCUGGAGAGGAAAUUGCGCAUACUUAUAAUCACAUAUAUGGGCUUUCGCUUACAGGAUUGAGAUUUUUCACAGUAUAUGGACCUUGGGGGAGGCCAGACAUGGCAUAUUUCUUUUUCACCAGGGAUAUUUUGAAAGGAAAAUCAAUUCCAAUCUUUGAGGCUGCUAAUCAUGGCACAGUUGCGAGGGAUUUCACCUAUAUUGAUGAUAUUGUAAAGGGUUGUUUGGCUGCAUUGGAUACAGCUGAGAAAAGUACUGGCAGUGGCGGCAAGAAGAAGGGGCCAGCUCAAUUGCGGGUCUAUAAUUUGGGCAACACAUCUCCAGUGCCUGUUUCGGAUCUUGUGAGCAUUUUAGAGAGAUUGCUCAAGACAAAGGCAAAGAGGUUGGUUAUGAAGUUGCCAAGGAAUGGAGAUGUGCAAUUUACACAUGCGAACAUAAGCUUGGCUCAGAGGGAGCUUGGCUAUAAACCUACUACUGAUCUGCAGACAGGGUUGAAGAAAUUUGUUCGAUGGUACCUGAAUUACUACGUUAAUGGGAAAAAGAGUGCACAGUAAUACAAAAUUAUCAAGGAUGAGAUUCCUGAUCCCACGAUGAAGAAGUUCUUGUGGUUGGUGGGCAUUGGUGUUCUGGUCUGCAUCAAAGGACAAACCAACUUUUGUCAUUCAUGGGAUUGUAUUUGUUGUAGUUUUAUCAUUGUAGCAUUCAUGACUGAUAGAACAAUUUGCUGAUUGAUGGACGUGUAUCAUCUGAAUCCAAUUCAAAUAAAAUAGCACACGAUAGUUCGGUAUUACUGUCUUUAUGUAGAUUCAUUAAAUGAACUCUGA